AUGCGCGGCUUCAUCGCUGAUGAUCGGGCUCGUGAGCUUUGGAAGCAAUACUCUGAGAAUCCUGGCUCUGUUGAGCGCCAAUACCAUGCAAUUCUGAGUGAAUACACGGAAAACUUCCAUAAUUUCUUCCGGGGUUAUUGGCCCAUCUCUUUGCACGCUCAUGUCAGUGAUGUCUUGGUCCCUACGACCAUGGCCACACUGAUUCUGAACACUGCAUCGACCAGUCCUUUAGUAAUUGAGUCGCCCGAGCUCUCUCCCAUGUUGAAGGAAGAUCCGGAGCCGGAGAAAAUACAGAAUUUUGUUCGGAACUUGCUGGGGUGGACCGAUGUUCAUGUCACAGCACCCCGAUUUGCCGUUGUGGACGGAAUUUACGGUGGGGCGUUUGGACCGUUAGCCCUUGUGUCGUCCGAAUGGGAAUACAAUAUCAUUGGGACGGGCCAAGCUCCGGUGGUGAUCCGAAAAGAAGACUUGUCUAUAGAUGUUCUCCCAGAGAAGCUCGUUUUUGCAAAGCAGCAAGGCUGCAUAGCAGUGAUCGUCGACUUGGUUAGCACUUCAGAUGGAUCAGUAUUCCCCCCUGAUGACUUCGCUUUAUUGCAACGCUCUUGCCAUCAAGCGAAUCUUUUCCUCGUGGUGGAUGAAGCCAUGACGGCGAUCCGAUGUGGUGCACCAUGGGCAUGCCAAAGACCCGAAUACUCCCAAAGUGAUCUAGAGCCGGACCUGGUUGUCUUUGGGAAGGGGUUAUGCGUCAGCGGCAUUUCCAUCAACUUUGAUGGUGCCAUGAUGAAAUCCCUCGGCUUUGGCAAGAAGUCUCAGAUGCUAAGGAGUAUUCGUUUCUGGAGAGCUCUAACUAGCCGUCCAGUGGCUCUCCCGGUCUUAAUUGAAGCCUUGGGAAUCUUGAACAUGGCCCAAGCAGAAGAUUGGCCAGCUCGCAGCGGUGAAAUCGAGAACGUGAUCAAGAGUUUUGUACGUGAUCACGCAAAGACUCUCUGUGAAGACAACGAACCGGUACGUGGCCUAGGCGCUAUGAUAGCAGUAAAAAGGGAUAUUUCCACGCAUUUCCGGGUUAUGGCGGCAAUCCGACGUCGCUCCCCUUGGGUCCGAUGGCUCCCCAAGCUCGACAGUGCAGCGGGAAAUCGCAAGGCACUCGAUCGGUAUUUAAUGGGGUCUGAGAUUCGAAGUAUCCAAAGGUUUCCACCACAAACUCCGCCAAAAGAGGACCGGUCAUCAGACCAGCCAUCCAAGUCAUACUAG